GACAUAAGUGAAACAGAUUCAAUAGAAAAGACUCGAAUCCACUCCAACGGAUCCGGUGGAUAAACUGCAACAGUUGCUUCCACCGUGUAGCCGACGAGAGACCGACGAUGGAGUUCUUCUUAUUAUCCGUGCUGCUUGUGUCAGCGACCGUUUACGGUGAAGAUGCUCAUCCGACGACCGCCGUGAUCAUUCCCGUCAACAGCGCGACGAGCUCACCGAUUCUCGUGGCCCUUUCGCAGACUGAGAGUCUCAAGAUAAAGCUCCAGGAUAUAAAGUUCCUGACGUUUAAAGCCGGAAAACUCGCCACUCGAAUGAGAACAACACCCAUUCAACAACUUAAUUGCAUCACCGGCUGUUACGGAGAACUUCCGACGUCAGCACAAUGCGAGAACAAAGGUUCCGAUGGGGCCACUGUGAGCUGGAAGUGCGAGGCGAACGUUCAAAGAGGCAGAAAAUUAGAGAACACGAGAGUUCGAUGCGAAGCCUUUACCGAAGGAGACCGCGAAUACAUUCUCGCUGGAAGUUGCGUCUUGGAUUAUGGACUAGGUGGACGAGCGAGCGGAGGUUCGAGUGGUUCUGGAAGCCGAAGGAAUUUAACGCCGCCGUACCAUUCAUCGGACUCUCAUUCGAAGAGCCCAUUCUCCUACAUUGUGCCGAUCAUCAUGAUCAUCAUUGCCGUCGUCAUCGUCUGCGCGAUCGCUAAGGCUUGUCGACGCGGAAGCGAAUCCUCGGGAGUCGUUAUCGGAGCUCCCCCUGGUCAACAGGGAGGAUUGUACGGCGGUGGGGGGGCCUAUCCCGCCCAGCCUGGCUUCAAUCCAGGCUAUGCACAACCAGGUUACGCUGCUCCGAUGGCUGCGCCCAUGGCCGCCCCCAGCAGAGGUGGGGGUAAUGCUCUCGGUGCCGGCUUAGGAGGAUUUGCCGCCGGUGCUGCCACCGGAGGCCUGCUCGGUUACAUGAUGGGAAACCACGGAAACAGCGGACACCAUUACGGCGGCUACGGAACCUACGGGGGAGGAGGUGGUGGUGGCGGAGGAGACUACGACGGUGGUGAUAUGGGCGGCGGAGGUGGAUACGAGAUGAGCACAGACUUCGCCGAUACGGCGAUGGAGUAGAUGAUGUUUGGACUCAAGUCACUAACGCACUUCGUCGGAUGCAUCUGUUUGCUUCCCAAAUCAAGCGUUCCAAAACCACAAGAAUCACCCGCAGGCUUCGUUUGAGUGCAAGCUCGACAAUUCACCGCCUCCGAAGGCUACCGUAGUGGCUUGCGAGAACAGGUCACAAAGAUCUCAAGCCCAAGUUCAAGCUUCGACUGACUGUGUUGCUGACGUUUUUUUCUGGAGCUGAUAGUGAGAAAGCUGAAAUUCGCUGGGAUGAGUUCUGCCCUUUUCGUGGAUGGAGAAAAAAAGCUCAUUCAGUGUAGAAGAUUUACUAAUUUCACAAUGAUUUCUAAAAUGUCGUCAGCAUCAAUAGACGAAUAUGCCGAAAGUCUUCGAGAUGAUGCGUUUUCUUUUAUGCCCAUCCUGAGAAAUCAGCGUUGCCAGGCAUCCCCUCCAUAUGUGACUUUCCGCGCUUCAUCGGCCAGCCCGCCCCCCCGGCCGUGAGCGAUCCUACCGACCAAGCAGUCCAUCUAUGCGUAUCGUCAGAACACAAUCUGCGCUUUGAAGACUCGAUCUCGGUAGUGGGACGCUUCGCAGAUUCCACCGUUAUAUCAAUGUUGUCACGUUGUGUUUGUGUG